CACCACCACCACCACCACCACAGCAGCCACAGCAACCACGACUGCGGCGACAACAGACAUCGACACGAGGGGGACAUCCUUUUUGAAACCUGCCACACCUGCAACGCCUGCAAAAAGACGAUCACGGAAGAAAUUAUCUCUGAAGAUCUCUCCUCAAGAACAACUGACCCCUGAUGUCAGUUCAGCCCAGUCCGUGCUAGAACAGUGGUGGGAACAAACCCCUCGGGAGCCCACCUAUUCACCGAAUGCCCCUGUGACGAUGGCGACAGGUGACCUCGAUGAUCAUGAAGCGCUCAAGAUGGCCACUCUCCCUUCCAUGGAUCUGGACACGCUUCCCCUGCUCGAGGCUUCUUGGUCACCAGCAUCCCCGGAAGAGGUUCAUGUCUACUCCUCAGGUACGCCCAUGGUUUGCGACGAUGAUGAUGAUGACAACGUUGACCUGGAUCCUUAUGGAGAAGCUCAACUCACUCCCCUACAACGCGAAUGUCGUGUUUGCCGACACAACAACAUGUUAAGAUACAUCAGUUGCAACAGCGGGCAAGUGAUGUGUCAUGCCUGUGAGCUGGAGCUCAUAGACUGUACUUGUAGUAUGUUGACCUAUGACAGCAUAGUGACACAUGAUGACAUGCCUAUCGCAUCUGAGGAUCACAUCUUAUGGUGAUCCUCCUCUUCACUCGAAGAACUUUGUCAACACGCCAGCUGCAACCGUGAUCAAGUGAUGUGUCAUGUCUGUUUCAGGGAGGCCAUAGACUGUACGUGUUGAACGCUUGGGCCCUCUCACAGGUUUGAGGGAGGACCCCCUCUUAGGGACUUGAAGAUGGAAGAGCUUGAAGAUGGAAGAGGAAAACGUUGUCGCGUUAUUGUUGUUGUUGUUGUUGUGGUGGUUGUAGGGACAUGCAAAGCACUCCCUCCUCCAUUGACUUUUCGUAUUUCCAUUGUAUCGGGUUGUGAUUGGUUUUUUCAUGAUUAAACAGUGAUUGAUUGAA